AGGUUUACACAGAAAGGCUCUCGCAACACUUGCUGCCCACACAGGUCAUAGCAUGGACGAGAACUAGAGCAGCUCAAGCUCAUCUUCCCAAUGCCAUUCCCCUCCGGUGAGCCCCUUGAGAAACAUGGUGGAAUAUUUCAAGAACCUUAUCAAGAACUUAAUACCUCCAAAGUUUCGUGAAUGGGUAAAGGAUUACUGCAAAAGGAACGGCUUGCUCACCUUGUCAGUGUUAGCGGUGAUGUCGGGUUGUGCGGUGGGAUUCACGUUAAGAAGUUUGAACUUGUCAACACAGGCGAAAAUCUACUUUUCUUUUCCUGGAGAACUUCUAAUGAGAAUGCUGAAAAUGUUGAUUCUUCCUCUCAUCACAUCCAGUUUAAUGUCUGGCUUGUCUGCUAUGGACACCAAAGCCAGUGGACGUCUGGGCCUUCUUACCAUCACAUAUUACUUGUGGACUACCUUCAUUGCUGUAAUUGUGGGGAUUAUUCUGGUACUGAUCAUUCAUCCUGGAACCGGCACUGAAAAAGAGGGACAUAAAGCCUCCGGAGGGCCAGUGAUGACCUCUGCUGAUGCCCUGCUUGAUUUGAUCAGGAACAUGAUUCCAUCCAAUCUGAUUGAAGCCACAUUUCAGCAGUAUAAAACAGAGCUUGUGCCCAAUUUUAAAAACAGCGAAAAAUCAUCGCAAGCCAACUUUGUGUACAUCAUGCCAGACUAUGACAACCCCAUGAUGGGUCACCCAGUGUUUCUGGAACUCACUCCUCCUCCUGAAAUCCACUACAAAAUUGUACCAGGGAAAAGCAAUGGGAUGAACGUGCUAGGAAUUGUAAUUUUCUCUGCCACUAUGGGUCUUCUGCUUGGUAGAAUGGGAUCCAGAGGUUCACCCCUAGUAAAUGUGUGUCUUUGCAUUAAUGAAUGUGUUAUGAAGAUCAUCAAUGCUGCUAUGUGGUACUUCCCAUUUGGAAUCGUAUUUCUGGUUGCUGGGAAGAUCCUGGACAUGCAUGAUCCUGUGGUCCUUGCGGAGAAGCUUGGGAUGUACUUCAUGACGGUUCUGGCGGGACUGUUCGUCCAUGGUGUGAUUUUGCUGCCGAUGUUCUUCUUCCUGUUCACUAGGAAAAACCCCUUUAACUAUAUCCGUGGCCUCCUCCAGGCUCUGGUUAUCGCUUUAGCAACUUCAUCCAGUUCAGCUACUUUGCCCAUUACAAUGAAGUGCUUACUGGAAAACUGCCACGUGGAUCGGAAAAUCGCUCGAUUUGUACUUCCUGUGGGAGCUACUAUCAAUAUGGAUGGCACAGCGCUAUAUGAAGCAGUGGCAGCCAUCUUCAUUGCCCAGGUUAAUGAGUACGAGCUUGACUUCGGACAACUUGUUACUAUUAGUAUCACAGCUACAGCGGCAAGUAUCGGAGCAGCUGGAAUCCCUCAGGCUGGCCUUGUUACCAUGGUUAUCGUUCUUACCUCAGUGGGUUUGCCUCCAGAUGACAUCUCACUUAUUGUAGCUAUCGACUGGAUCCUGGACCGAUUUCGAACAAUGAUCAAUGUUCUUGGAGAUGCAUUAGCAGCAGGAAUCAUGGCUCAUGUGUGCAGAAAGGACUUCCAGAAAGACAUCCAAUCCUCAAGCAACUCAGAGAGACGAGAUACCAUGAUAUCAUUCGGAAACCAAAGCGUGCAGAGCUUUCCCACAUCUGAGGUUCCACUUCUGGCAAACAGGGACUACAUCUUAGAGGUUGUCGGUGACCAGGUGAUCGAGAGGCCGACUGCCUGUUAUAACCUUUGCCAAGUCUAACUUUGACAGAUGAUACCAAGCAGGAGCAGAAGUUGCCUCAACUUCACAAAAACCUUCCCCCUUUUCCUCUACUUUGUGCCAUUCUGUCUUUUUACGGUUACCAAAAGUGUCGCCUUUGGUGACCUUGAAAAAUUAGAACAUUUGGGUGCUUUUGACACCUUAACUUGGGGGUUUUGUAAAUUAUAAAAACAUUUUUUUUUAUGUUCAUCUUCUAGACUUGCCUUAAAAUGCAGCAGUAAAUGACAGACCACAAUAAUACCACCACAUCCAAAAGAGAAACCUUACACAAGUAGCAGGUCGACUGGGGCUCCAGAUGUGGAUCAUCAGUUGCCUUGUCAUACAGUGUACUGUGACAACAAAAUAUGAUUUGUAAUGACUGUAAGAACAGAGAUUGUUUUGUGCUUCAUUGUGUUCUUUGUGCACAAUUCCUCUGUUCAAUAUAUCUGGGAUGGCAAUUUGAUUAUCAUGUUUGGAUAAGUCACUGUACAUUACAAAUUGUUUGUUUUCUCAAUAAAAUAAAUAAAUUAA